AUGAGAUUGAGCUAUGAUCAUUCGAUUAGUGACCCCAAAUACUACGAAAAUGCUGAGCUAGGGGUUUUUUGGAUCAAUCAAAACGAUGAGGAAUCCACUGAAACGAUAAACCAACACCGGUUGCUGCAUUUACGAGAAGUCUGCGAACGACAUAACAAUGGACAGAAGUAUACUAUUGAGCCGUCGUUUUAUAUUCACGUAAAGAAUGAGAGCCUUCUCUACUGUUUGGUGUUCAAAUCGGGCACUACCAGCUGGUUCUAUAACAUCAAUCGAUGGGCCGGAUUCAGCAAGGAGGAGAUUCUGGAUGCAAAGACGGAUAACUUUAACCUUGCUCGUAAAAAAUAUCCAUAUGAAAUGCCUAAUGUGCUGCUCACAACGAUGAAAAAUACAUACUCGUUCAUCGUGGUUCGUGAUCCGUUCGAGCGGUUGAUCAGUGCUUACGAAGAACGAUUGCUUAGUCAGCUAAACCCGUAUUAUCGUGAUUUGGCCCAUAGAAUCUACAGAAAAUACCACCAAGACGGCAGAGAGUAUGGGCUUCCCACGUUUCAGGACUUUGUGCGACAUGUGGUGGAAGAGCAUCAGGCCAACAAGCCGUGCGAUCUACACUGGCGACCCAUCAACGAUCUUUGCACGCCCUGCCUGGCUCGGUACGAUUCCAUAUUGAAGAUGGAAACUUACGCUCGGGACAUGGAAUAUCUUGCCAAUAGGACUCAGUUGACCGGAAAGAUUAAAGCAGUCCAGAUGAACCACUCUCGUCGCGACUCGGUAGAGCGAUUGAUAAAAAAGUAUUUCUCGCAGCUGACUAAAAAACAGUUAGAUGAUCUGUAUGACAUUUACAAGAUAGACUUUGAAUUGUUUGAAUACUCGCCUGAUAAAUACUUCGCAUUAGUAAAAUAA